ACUCCAGCUACUUCCUUUUACGAAAUCAACAUGGUUGACGAAGUCACCAAGAAAACUUUAGCACAAAUUCCCCUGUUGAAAACGAAAGCCAGCCCACGGGAUGGAGAAUUGUGGGUGCAGCGCUUAAAGGAGGAAUAUCAAGGACUGAUAAAGUAUGUACAGAAUAACAAGGAGGCAGACAAUGACUGGUUUCGACUUGAGUCCAACAAGGAAGGGACGCGCUGGUUCGGGAAAUGUUGGUAUAUCCACGAACUACUCAAGUACGAGUUUGACGUAGAAUUUGAUAUUCCUGUGACUUACCCAACAACGGCGCCAGAAAUAGCACUGCCAGAACUUGAUGGCAAGACAGCCAAGAUGUACAGGGGAGGUAAAAUCUGCUUGACGGAUCACUUUAAACCACUGUGGGCCAGAAAUGUACCGAAGUUUGGGAUAGCCCACGCCAUGGCACUAGGGCUUGGACCGUGGCUAGCAGUUGAAGUCCCGGACUUGGUACAGAAGGGAGCUGUGACACAUAAAGACACCUCCGCCCAAUGACCUCACCGAUGCCUAGGCCAUUUUCAUUACUUUAUCCUGCAUCAAACUUUUUAUUGUUGGAUUUGAGGUUGAAGCAAGAAAAACAAUAUGACAUCUUAAAAAAACCCUGCAAAGUUUGUUAUUGCGCUAUAUUAUCUGUUUUCGAAGCAGUUUCAGAAAAGGUUGACAUGAAUAUCUCUAAAAAUCCUAUUAGAAGAUCAUCUUGACAUUUAGGUCAAUAAGGAAUUAUGAUGUAUAUUUUGUUAUUGUUUUCAAGGUCUAUGAAUGAAAAGACAUUUCAAUAAUGACACCUGUAAGCAUAAGCAUGACACCUAUAAGCAAGACAAGGAUUUGAUUAAUGAACAAUGUAUGACCUAUAAAUCCUAGACCCGCAAGCUGGAUAAUUUCCUGAUAUUCAGGUGUUCAUUUGUCCUUGAGAACUUGCCGAUAUGCCCUUCUUCAAUCCUGAAUAUUCACUGACUCAGCACAUUACUUCCAGGGUGAUGGGGUAGAUGGUUACAGAGACACUGAAGUUUAUAUUUUCAUCUAGGUAAUACGUCAUUUCACUGCAGUUAUGUCAUAAGUUGCUUUUCCUCAGGGGCGGUCGGGUAGCCAAGUGAUUAAAGUGUUUGCUUGUCACGCUGAAGACCUGGGUUCGAUUCCUAACAUGGGUCCAAUGUGUGAAGCCCAUUUCUGGUGUCCCCCGCUGUGAUAUUGCUAAAAGCGGCGUAAAACCAUACUCACUCGCUUUUAGUCAAGAAUAGUAAAAAAAUUGUUUCAAGAUGGACAUGGUGUCAUAUCGUCAGGUCAGCACUUGUUUCCAUGUGUUAUUUUGAAUGUUUAUGAAUCAUGAGGAAUAUGUGAUGGGCGAGGACCAUGAUAUGAACAGUGAGGUUGUUCCGUCAUACGCCUUGUCAUUGUUGACAAACCCCUCCUACUUGGUUCAGAGGGGAAUGUGUUGCAAUGUGACACUCAUGACUGAGUUUUAUUCUAACAGAUGUGGCAUCCUGUUAUCACAGGGAAUGAUUUGCAAUAUCUGGCUUAAAAAACUGUUUCUAAUCAAUGUAACUUUGCCUCAACCUAUUUUGUUGAUAUGUUUAUUAAACUGCAACCGCAAAUA